GCCUCCCCCGCGGACAUGGCGGCCAACAUGUACCGGGUCGGAGACUAUGUGUACUUCGAGAAUUCCUCCAGCAACCCCUACCUGAUCCGGCGCAUCGAGGAGCUGAGCAAGACUGCAACGGGCAACGUGGAAGCCAAAGUAGUGUGCUUUUAUAGACGACGCGAUAUUUCCAACACGCUUAUAAUGCUUGCAGACAAGCAUGCUAAGGAGAUGGAGGAGGAGUCGGAGACGGUGGUCGAGGCCGACCUGACAGAGAAGCAGAAGCAUCAGCUGAGGCACCGGGAGCUCUUCCUGUCGCGCCAGUACGAGUCUCUGCCUGCCACACACAUCAGGGGGAAGUGCAGCGUGGCGCUCCUCAACGAGACGGAGUCGGUGCUCACCUACCUGGACAAAGAGGACGCCUUCUUCUACUCGCUGGUGUACGACCCUUCGGUGAAGACCCUGCUGGCCGACAAAGGGGAGGUGCGCGUGGGGCCGCGCUACCAGGCCGACAUCCCGGAGAUGCUGUCAGAAGGAGAGUCAGACGAGAGGGAGCAGUCCAAGCUGGAGGUGAAGGUGUGGGACCCCAACAGUCCACUCACUGACCGGCAGAUCGACCAGUUCCUCGUGGUGGCCCGUGCCGUGGGCACCUUCGCCCGCGCCCUGGACUGCAGCAGCUCCGUGCGCCAGCCCAGCCUGCACAUGAGCGCCGCCGCCGCGUCCCGGGACAUCACGCUGUUCCACGCCAUGGACACCCUGUACCGGCACGGCUGUGACCUCAGCAGCGCCAUCAGCGUCCUGGUUCCCCUGGGAGGCCCCGUGCUGUGCCGAGACGAGAUGGAGGAGUGGUCGGCCUCGGAAGCCAGCCUGUUCGAGGAGGCACUAGAGAAGUACGGGAAGGACUUCAACGACAUUCGCCAGGACUUUCUUCCCUGGAAGUCGCUGACGAGCAUCAUCGAGUACUACUACAUGUGGAAGACCACGGACAGAUACGUGCAGCAGAAGCGCUUGAAAGCAGCCGAAGCCGAGAGCAAACUGAAGCAGGUGUACAUCCCGACCUACAGCAAACCGAACCCGAACCAGAUCCCCAGCAGCAACAGCAAAGCCAGUGCCCUCAACGGCACCACGGGCACCGCGUGCCAGCCCCAGAGCCCGCUGCCCGGCCGGGCGUGUGAGAGCUGCUUCGCCACACAGUCUCCGCAGUGGUACUCGUGGGGCCCGCCCAGCAUGCAGUGCCGCCUGUGUGCCGCCUGCUGGCUCUACUGGAAGAAGUACGGGGGCCUGAAGAUGCCCACCCGCAGUGACGAGGACAAGUUCUCCACCAGCCCCGCAGAGGACCCCCGUGCCCGAGGCCACCUGUCCCGCCAGGCCACGCAGGGGAUGCCGGUGCGGAACACGGGGAGCCCCAUGUCUGCCGUGAAGACGCGCCCCGCCUUCUUCCUGCACACCACCUACUUCACCAAACUGGCGCGGCGAGUGUGUGGGAGCUCCCUGGGGCUGCGGCGCGCGGCGCGGAGGCCCUUCGUGCCCAUCGACUCGGCCGCCGUGCGCGCGGAGUACGCAGACCGACACGCUGUGCUCCCCGGGAGCCCGCCCAGGAGCCGGAGCACGCGGAAGCCUCUGGCCUGCAUCAUCGGGUCCCUAGAGAUCCACCCUGCAAGGAAAGCCGUGAUCCGGCCCGCGCCCAGCCUGAAGAGCCCAAGCACCAAGCGCAUGCUGCCCGCCCCGAGCCACGCGUCCCUCAGCAUCCUGGGCAAAAGGAACUACAGUCACCACAACGGCCUGGACGGGCUUCUCUGGGGCUCGGCCAUGUGACGAGUCAGUGGACUGAGCUGCUUCCUGGGGACUGGGAAACACGCAGCGCCUGGCGCCGUGGGCAGCAGCGUCCACCUCGCCCCCGGAUGCUGACCUCUGGCACUCUGAUGAAUAAAGCUCUCUGGGCUCACCAGCCUCCU